AUUUUUCAUCUAUGACUGAAGAAUUGAAAGAGGUCACCAUCAAGGUGGUUCUGAUUGGAGAUGCAGGAGUUGGAAAGACAACCCUUAUAAACAGAUACCUAAUGGAUACCUUCGAUCCUUUUGAGCCACCCACCCUUUCAGGAGGUUUUAGAACCAAAGAUGUAAUCUUAGAAGACCUACAUACCAAAGUUACCCUCCAAAUUUGGGAUACAGCAGGCCAAGAGAGGUUCAGAGCUUUAGUUGAGAAUUAUUACAGAGAAGCUCAAUUCGUCCUGGUUUGAUACGAGAUAAUAUCAGAAGAAAGCUUUGAUGCAGCAAGGAACUGGAUCGAAGAAGUCAAAGAUAAAGCUCCUGAAGAGGCUCAAUUCUUUAUUUGAGGUACUAAAAGCGAUCUCAAUGAUCAAAGGAUGAUCCAAACAAUCCAUGGAAUGAGACUUGCCAAGGAAUAUAACGCCCAGUUUGGAGAAACAUCUGCAAAGAAAAAUAAUGGAGUGAACGAAGUAUUUGAAGAAAUAGCCAAGAAAUAUGUUGAGACCAUAAAGCGGUCUCCUGUCCGAAGCUCGACUAUUAAGACAGGAGCAGGAAGAAUCACUGAAACCCGUCCUAAGAAAGAUAAGAAAUGAGCUUGCUAG